CACCUUCGUCCCCACUUCCCAGGCCGCCGCUGGGCGGGGAUUGGGGUGAAGCAGAGAACUUUCUGGAUUCAGCUGCCCAGGCAGAGGAGAAUGGGGUCUCCACAGCCUGAAGAAUGAAGACGCGACAGAAUAAAGACUCAAUGUCGAUGAGGAGUGGACGGAAGAAAGAGGCCCCCGGGCCCCGGGAAGAACUGAGAUCGAGGGGCCGGGCCUCCCCCGGAGGGGUCAGCACGUCCAGCAGCGAUGGCAAAGCUGAGAAGUCUAGGCAGACAGCCAAGAAGGCCCGAGUAGAAGAGGCCUCUGCCCCAAAGGCCAGCAAGCAGGGCCGGAGCGAAGAGAUCUCAGAGAGCGAGAGUGAAGAGACCAGCGCCCCCAAAAAGACCAAGACCGAGCAGGAGCUCCCCCGGCCUCAGUCUCCCUCGGACCUGGACAGCCUGGACGGGCGGAGCCUCAACGACGAUGGCAGCAGCGACCCUCGCGACAUCGACCAGGACAACCGCAGCACGUCCCCCAGCAUCUACAGCCCCGGCAGCGUGGAGAACGACUCCGACUCCUCCUCGGGCCUGUCCCAGGGCCCCGCGCGCCCCUACCACCCGCCGCCGCUCUUCCCGCCCUCCCCGCCGCCGCCCGCCGCCGCCGACGGCACCCCCCGGGGACCCCCGGAGCCCGGCUUCGAGCCGCACCCGGCCGUGACGACCCCCGGCUACCACGCGCCCCUGGAGCCGCCCCCCGCCCGCCUGUUCCAGGCGCCCCCAGGGGCCCCGGCCCCGCACCCGCAGCUCUACCCCGGGGGCGCGGGGGGCGUCCUGUCCGGAGCCCCCCUGGGGCCCAAGGCCGGCGCGGGGGCCGCCUCCUCCGUGGGGGGCCCGAGUGGGGGCAAGCAGCACCCACCGCCCACCACGCCCAUCUCCAUCCCCAGCUCCGGGGCGGGCGGCGCCCUCGCGGCCAAGCCCCCCCACGCGGCGGCGGGCGGCGGUCCCCUGCCCUCGGCGGCCCCGCCGGCCCCCUUCCCCCACGUGGCCCCCAACCUGCCGCCCCCGCCAGCCCUGCGACCCCUCAACAACGCCUCGGCGUCUCCCCCGGGCUUGGGCGCCCAGCCGCUGCCGGGGCCAGGGCCGGGGCACCUGCCCUCGCCCCACGGCCUGGCGCAGGGCAUGGGCGGACUGCCUCCGGGCCCCGACAAGGGGCCCACCCUGGCCCCCUCCCCGCACCCGCUGCCCCCGACCUCCUCGGCCGCGGCGCCCCCCAUGCGGUACCCGUACUCGGCCCCCAGCAGUAGCUCGGCGGCAGCUUCCUCCAGCUCCUCUUCAUCCUCUUCCUCCUCCUCCUCUUCCUCCGCCGCCGCGGCCUCCUCGUCCGCCCCCUCCUCGGCCUCCCAGUACCCGGCGUCCCAGGCGCUGCCCAGUUACCCCCACUCCUUCCCGCCCCCCGCCGGCCUCUCGGUCUCCAACCAGCCCCCCAAGUACACGCAGCCCUCCCUCCCCGCCCAGGCCGUGUGGAGCCAGGGACCCCCGCCCCCGCCCCCCUACGGCCGCCUCCUGGCCAACAGCAGCGCCCACCCGGGCCCCUUCCCGCCCAACGCCGGGGGCCAGGCCGCGGGCCACCCGCCCGCCCCGGCCCAUCACCAUCACCACCAGCAACAGCCGCCCGCGCCGCCGGCCCCGCCGCCCCCGCCGCCGCCGCCCGCGCCGCAGCAUCACGGCGGCUCGGGCCCCGCCGCGCCCGGGCCCUACCCGCACCCCCUGGAGGGCGGCGCCGGGCACCACGCGCACCCCUACGCCAUGUCCCCGUCCCUGGGCUCCCUGCGGCCCUACCCGCCCGGCCCCGCGCACCUGCCCCCGCCGCACGGCCAGGCGCCCUACAACAGCCCGGCGGGCCCCGGCGCGCCCCCCGCGUCCGCAUCCUCCUCCUCCUCCUCGUCCUCCUCCUCCAGCGCCGCCUCGCAAGGGCCCUACCCGUGCCCGCACCCGUCCUCCAGCCAGGGGCCCCCCGGGGCCCCCUACCCCUUCCCGCCGGGGCCGCCCGUCACCACCUCCUCGGCCACGCUCUCCACGGUCAUCGCCACGGUGGCCUCGUCGCCGGCCGGCUACAAGACCGCCUCCCCCCCGGGACCCCCGCCCUACGGCAAAAGGGCCCCGUCCCCGGGGGCCUACAAGACCGCCACCCCGCCCGGGUACAAGCCCGGGUCGCCGCCCGCCUUCCGCACGGGGACCCCGCCGGGCUACCGGGGCGCCUCGCCGCCCGCGGCCCCCGGGACUUUCAAGCCGGGCUCGCCCACCGUGGGGCCGGGCCCGCUGCCCCCCGCGGGGCCCUCGGGGCUGCCCGCCCUGCCCCCGCCGCCGCCGCCCCCACCCAGCGCCCCGGCGCCCGGCCCGGCCCUCAACGCCGCGCAGAUCAAGCAGGAGCCGGCCGAGGAGUACGAGGCCCCCGAGAGCCCCGCGCCCCCCGCGCGCAGCCCGUCGCCGCCGCCCAAGGUGGUGGACGUGCCCAGCCACGCCAGCCAGUCGGCCAGGUUCAACAAGCACCUGGACCGCGGCUUCAACUCGUGCGCGCGCAGCGACCUGUACUUCGUGCCGCUCGAGGGCUCCAAGCUGGCCAAGAAGCGCGCCGACCUGGUGGAGAAGGUGCGGCGCGAGGCCGAGCAGCGCGCGCGCGAGGAGAAGGAGCGCGAGCGCGAGCGGGAGCGCGAGAAGGAGCGCGAGCGCGAGAAGGAGCGCGAGCUGGAGCGCAGCGUGAAGCUGGCCCAGGAGGGCCGCGCCCCCGUGGAGUGCCCCUCGCUCGGCCCCGUGCCCCAUCGGCCCCCGUUUGAGCCGGGCAGCGCCGUGGCGACGGUGCCCCCGUACCUGGGGCCCGACACUCCGGCCCUGCGCACGCUGAGCGAAUACGCGCGGCCCCACGUCAUGUCUCCAAGCAAUCGCAACCACCCUUUCUACGUGCCCCUGGGCGCAGUGGACCCGGGGCUCCUGGGCUACAACGUCCCGGCCCUGUACAGCAGCGACCCGGCGGCCCGGGAGCGGGAGCGCGAGGCCCGCGAGCGAGAUCUCCGCGAUCGCCUCAAGCCCGGCUUCGAGGUGAAGCCCAGCGAGCUGGAGCCGCUGCACGGGGUGCCGGGCCCGGGCCUGGACCCCUUCCCGCGCCACGGGGGCCUGGCGCUGCAGCCGGGGCCGCCCGGCCUGCACCCUUUCCCCUUCCACCCGAGCCUGGGGCCCUUGGAGAGAGAACGCCUGGCGCUGGCGGCCGGGCCAGCCCUGCGGCCUGACAUGUCCUACGCGGAGCGGCUGGCCGCAGAGAGGCAGCACGCCGAGAGGGUGGCGGCCCUGGGCAAUGACCCCCUGGCCCGGCUGCAGAUGCUCAACGUGACCCCCCACCAUCACCAGCACUCCCACAUCCACUCCCACCUGCACCUCCACCAGCAGGACGCCAUCCACGCAGCUUCUGCCUCGGUGCACCCUCUCAUCGACCCCCUGGCCUCAGGGUCUCACCUUACCCGGAUCCCGUACCCAGCCGGGACCCUCCCCAACCCUCUUCUUCCUCAUCCUCUGCACGAGAACGAAGUUCUUCGUCACCAGCUCUUUGCUGCUCCUUACCGGGACCUGCCAGCCUCGCUCUCGGCCCCGAUGUCGGCCGCCCACCAGCUGCAGGCCAUGCACGCGCAGUCGGCCGAGCUGCAGCGCCUGGCGCUGGAGCAGCAGCAGUGGCUGCAUGCGCACCACCCGCUGCACAGCGUGCCGCUCCCCGCGCAGGAGGACUAUUACAGCCACCUGAAGAAGGAGAGCGACAAGCCGCUGUAGAGCCUGCGUCCCUCGAGAGCGCCCGUGGCCCCUGCCCGCCACCCCGAGACAGAGACAGAGUCGAGGAGGGGGCGACG